AUGGAAACUUCUGGAAAGAUAAUCUUUCCGGCCUUUGAAAUUCCGGUCAAAUCAAGUUUUUGUGCUCGUGUGAGACGGUUGAAAUUUUGGCUAUUGUGCGCACUCUUGAUUCGUGUGUACAGGAAUGAUGAGGAAUCAAGAUUGGUUGCAAUUCGCACGAUAGACGGUGGUAUAUCAGGAUUUAAGGUGAUACGAAACCUUGACGAUUAUUUUUUCACCAUGCACUCGGUUGUAGAAUAUG